AUGGGUCGUGACUGGCUUUUCACGGAGGAACAACUUGCAAAUACGCCGUCUAGAAGAGGUGGAGUUGACCGUGUUGAAGAAGACAAGUUGCGAAGAGAGGGAAUCAAGCUUAUUGUUGAAAUUGGCAGUGGUUUAAAGCUGCAGCCAAAUCCAACGUUGGCAACAGCAGCUGUUUAUUUUCAUCGUUUCUACAUGUUUCAUUCUUUCAAAGAAUUCCAGAAGCAUCUGACAGCUGUGGGUUGUCUAUUCCUGGCUGGAAAGGUCGAAGAGACACCAAAAAAGUGCAGAGACAUUAUACUGAUUGCAAAAGAAAAGUACCCUGAUUUGUACAGUAUGAAAAAUGCAAUUGAGGAGGUAAUGGGUAUUGAACGAGUUCUUUUGCAAACAAUUAAGUUCGAUCUUCAUGUGGAUCAUCCAUAUACGUUUCUCUUGCAAUACCAGAAGGUUUUUAAGUUAGAUCGCGAAAAGAAGCAAACGAUAUUGCAGAAUGCAUGGACAUUUGUCAAUGAUUCGAUAUCGACAACGUUAUGUCUUAUGUGGGAACCAGAAGUAAUUGCUAUUUCGUUAAUAUAUAUGGCUUUGAAAAUGACGAAACUGGAUAACUGUGACUGGGUUGAUAGGCAACCAGGCGAGCAGUGGUGGGAUCAGUUCGUUGCCAACUUAACUUCUGAUAUGAUGGAAGAUGUUUGUCAUAAAGUGCUUGACUAUUAUACGAUUACAAAAACGGAAAGUCGGUGA